AUUAAAACUUCUUUUUCAAACACCAAAACUUUUCCUCCAAAAUUGACCCCGCGUUUUCUCAUCUCUCUCCCAACUAAACCACCUUUUCUCCUUCCUCCGCCUUCUCCAAUCUCCACCACCGCGGCGGCUCCUCUCCUCCUACCACCGUUCAAAAAUCCAGCACCUCACAACACUCCUCCAUGGGGAAUUGCAACGCUUGCAUCCGCCCGCCCGAGUCCGACCCCUCCAAUUCAAACCCCCAAACCCCCAAAAAGCCCCGCAAAAACCACCACGGCGAGCACUCCCCCAACCCCUACGCCCGCUCCCCGGCCCCGAUCCGCGUGCUCAAGCACCUCGCGCCGCGCGCGCCGCGCAUCUCCGACAAGUACGUCCUCGGCCGCGAGCUCGGCCGCGGCGAGUUCGGGAUCACCUACCUCUGCACCGACCGCGACACGGGCGAGGCGCUCGCGUGCAAGUCGAUCUCGAAGAGGAAGCUCCGCACCGCCGUCGACGUCGAGGACGUCCGCCGCGAGGUCGAGAUCAUGUCCAGCCUCCCCGAGCACGCCAACGUCGUGAGGUUGCGCGCCGCCUACGAGGACGCCGAGGCCGUGCACCUCGUCAUGGAGCUCUGCGAGGGCGGGGAGCUCUUCGACCGGAUCGUGGCGCGCGGCCACUACAGCGAGAGGGCCGCCGCCGCCGUGGCGAGGACCGUCGCCGAGGUCGUCCGGAUGUGCCACCACAACGGCGUUAUGCAUCGGGAUUUGAAGCCGGAGAAUUUCCUUUUCGCGAAUAAGAAGGAGAAUUCGGCGCUCAAAGUCAUCGAUUUCGGAUUGUCGGUGUUCUUCAAGCCUGGUGAAAGGUUUUCUGAAAUUGUGGGGAGUCCGUAUUAUAUGGCGCCGGAGGUGUUGAAGCGAAACUAUGGACCCGAAGUAGAUAUAUGGAGUGCUGGAGUGAUUCUGUACAUUCUCUUGUGUGGCGUUCCUCCGUUUUGGGCCGAAAGCGAGCAAGGUGUGGCGCUUGCGAUUUUGAGAGGAGUGAUUGAUUUCAAGAGGGAGCCAUGGCCACAGGUUUCCGAAAGUGCAAAAAGCCUUGUUAGGCAAAUGCUGGAGCCAGACAUCGAAAAGCGUUUGACAGCCCAGCAGGUUCUCGAUCAUCCAUGGAUACAAAAUGCGAAAAAGGCUCCAAACGUACCGUUGGGAGAUAUUGUGAGAGCAAGACUCAAGCAAUUUUCUGGCAUGAAUAGAUUCAAGAAGAAAGCAUUGAGAGUAAUCGCGGAACAUUUGUCUGUUGAAGAGGUCGAAAUAAUUAGAGAUAUGUUCGCCUUGAUGGAUACUGACAACGACGGGAAGAUAACAUUUGAGGAACUAAAAGCUGGUAUGAGGAAAGUGGGUUCUCAGCUUGCAGAUCCUGAGAUAAGGCUGCUGAUGGAUGUGGCUGAUGUUGAUGGGAACGGUGUGUUGGACUACGGAGAGUUUGUGGCCGUCACAAUCCACCUACAGAGGAUGGAGAACGAGGGGCAUUUCCGCAAGGCAUUUACAUUCUUCGACAAAGAUGAGAGUGGGUACAUAGAGCUAGACGAGCUACGAGAAGCUUUAGUGGGCGAUUCAGGCGAACCCGAACUUGAUGUCCUCAAUGACAUCAUGCGCGAUGUUGAUACCGACAAGGAUGGGCGAAUUAGCUACGACGAGUUUGUGGCAAUGAUGAAAACGGGGACAGACUGGAGAAAGGCGUCGCGACAGUAUUCAAGAGAGAGGUUCAAAAGCUUGAGCUUAAACUUGAUGAAAGACGGCUCUCUUCAUCUCCAAGAUGGUUUUACAGGUCAAACGGUUGUGGUUUAACAUUUUCAGUUCUUGUAUAUUUUCGAUUUCUGCCUUUAGCUGGAAAGAAACCGGUUUUAUCUUUCGAAAACUCGAGGCUUCAGAAAGUGGAGGAGCUUCUAAGGGCGAAGUCUCGUUGCGAUUCUGAAUUCUCUAUAUGCAAUGCUCCGUUGGUUGGAAAUGAUUUUCAUAGACGAGCAGAGGACUCUCGGGGAUGAUGUGAGUUAGUGAGUGCUAAUUCUUUUGUUCAUAAGGCUUUAAAGGUAAGGAGGUACCCUGGCCUUGUUUGUGCUGUAUAUUUUUGCAAUCUCUCUCUCCUAAGCACCAAAAACGGUGAAUUGAACUAUAUCAACUUACCACAAUGUUCAUGUUCAAGAGCAUCAUAAAUUCAAGUAAAUUAUAAAUAAAAA